UAGUUAAUAAUAAUAGUAGUAACAUUACUAGACUCUGUUUACCUAGUAGCAUCAAUAUUACUACAGUACCUAGAUCUUAUGUGGUUAUACAACAGUUUAGAUUAAUAUGGUGCCCAUACACUAUGAAUAGAGUAGAGAGAGAGAGAUGUAUUAUCUAGCAACACACAUUUGUAUUGUUCUCAUUCUGUCCCUCAGCUCCAAUAGCUAAGACCUAUAGCCUUCAUGUCUCUGAUGAAUUGUAAUAUCUUCCUUUAUUAGAUAAUUUCUCUGUUCAUGCAGUGGGUGCUUUAAAUCACUCAGAGAAGGAGCAUGGAUCAGCUAUUGUUCGAUCUCCCUCCCUCUCUCUCGAUCUCUCUCUCUCCCCCUCUGUCUCUCUUUCUACCAUGUCCUCCAACAAUCGAAUGUUAUUCUUUCUCACCUCAAGAGACCAUGCUUUCAACCUCCUUUCAUGACAGCAGACUUUUUGUCUCUCUCAAUCAUCUAGCCUCCCCAGUUUUUCUCUUUUUCUUUAAUUUUCUAUCUCCCUGUCCUUAUGUCUGUCUCCCCACCCUCUCUUCUGUAUUGUGGAGCUGUUGCUCCAGCUUUGUGCUGGAGGAUUUUCAGAAGUACCACAUCGACAUCUCUCUCCUCUCUGACCACGCUCAAUGCUCCUUCCCUGCCUCUGUGGUCAUCAGAAACGUGACCACCGGUAGUCGCACCAUCUUACACAUGAACAGCUUCAUUGUGGGCGAUUUCACCAAACGUGGAGUGGACAUUUCCACUGUUGCCUGGCAACAAGAGGGCGAGACUCCGUGUGCAUGCUGUGUGGUGUGUAGCGCCAGCGGCUCACGCACAGUUGUGCUCUCUGACACGAACCUCCCUGACGUCACAGCAACAGACUUCUCUAAGGUGGACCUGACCCAGUACAGUUGGAUUCACUGGGAGGGUCGGAACGCAGAGGAGCAGGUGAAGAUGAUCCAGCAGGUGGCUUUGUUCAACAGGUCUUUGCCACAGCAACAGAGGAUCACCAUCUCUGUGGAGAUAGAGAAGACAAUGGAGCCGUUAUAUCAGCUGUUUCCCUACGGUGACAUAGUGUUUAUUAGUAAGGAUGUGGCCAUGCACUUUGGAUUCCAUUCGGCAGCCAGUGCACUACAGGAACUCUACCAUCGCGUGAAGAAGGGUGCUGUCCUCAUAUGUGCCUGGGCAGAGAAAGGAGCAGAUGCCCUAGGUCCUGAUGGAGUUGUCGUCCACUCUGAUGCCUUUUCUCCAGAGGUCUUGGUGGACACAUUGGGAGCAGGAGACACCUUUAACGCAUCUGUCAUCUAUUGCCUGUCUCACGGAGGAAGUUUACAGGAAGCACUGAUGUUUGGUUGCCAGGUUGCUGGCAGGAAGUGUGGUGUCCACGGAUACGACGGAAUCGUGGAGCAAAAAAAGUGAUAACAGGGAAAACCAAAAGAUAACCUGUCAAAAAACGUAAAUUUUCAUUUGUGAUUUGGGGCCACAAAUGUUUUUUUCCAGGCAAACCAAUGAUGACUGUAUGAAGGAACAAUCAUUAAUUAACAGUUCUUGAAUCUAACACUAAUGCUGGUACCAACUCUUUGUGUUAUACUGAUCUGUCCAAAACCUCUGGUACUAGCUGUGAUGUGUAGACAGUGCUACAGUAUCAUGUAUGUAUGGUUACAGCUACAGAAAAUUAUUGAUUUACCUGCUUGAUUUUGUAAUGCACAUUUUGGCUUCAGUAUCUUGUAUUCACAAUAUUUUUCGUGUAUCAUAAUCAUCAGUAGAAUAGACACUAUCAGAAGAAUCAAUGAACCUUGUCCUGACCUGAAGUUCUGUCCACACAAGUGGAAAUUGUGAGAGACUUAUCUUAGCUUCUCAAUGACUAAGCUGAUGUCGAUUGCUGCUCAUAGUUCCCUCCCAGUAGUUAGGAUGACAUCUGGACAAUAUGUAGUGGAUGUUGUAGAGUCACAUGUGGACUGCCCUUGGGGUGCAAUGCUGGUCUGUACACAGGCAUGAGGGUGUAUCCAUGUUUACAGGACAAACAGCACUUAACCAUAUAAACUCUUAAAAUCAAA